CAGAACUCUCCGGGUUCCUCCGGAACUGCUCGGGUAUUUCCGUCUCCACAUCGGCACCAAUCGGUUCUCUCCAUCCUCCUAGAUGCUCCCCCUCCCUCGCCCUGCUUUUAGAACUCGGUUAUCUCCGUUUCACCGAGGCUUUGAAUCGAAUCUAUUCGGAAGCCCUCGACUUUGGCAUAACCAUGAUCGGAAUCAUUCGGCUCUCUUCGGACCUAAAGCUGAGGCGCUGAGGCGCUUGGGUGUUUGGAGCUGGUCCGGGACCGGAAGUGCGUGGGCUGCCUGGCUGGCCCUGCUUAGGGUUUUCAGGAAACAUGGAAGCGGUGGCGAUAGUUGGAGCCUAAGUACUCUGAUGGUCUCUCGGUGCCCUGUGAGAGGAAAGGGGAGGAUGCCACUGGAAUCAUCAUCUUCAAUGCAGCUAUCCUUCUCUUCUCUUUUACCCUCAGUGCCAGGCAAUUCUAUUAACUCUUCCCUUCCCCUAAUGUCUUACAUCACUUCCCAGGAAAUGAAGUGUAUUCUUCACUGGUUUGCCAGUUGGUCAGGUCCCCAGCGUGAACGUUUCCUACAAGACCUUGUAACUAAAGCAGUGCCAGGAAAAUUACAGCCAUUGCUAGAAGGUCUGGAGCAGCUUAGUGUGUCUGGAGCCAACCGACCACCUUGUAUCUUUGAGUGCCAACUACGUCUUUGGGAUCAGUGGUUUCGAGGUUGGGCUGAGGAGGAGCGCAAUGAAUUUGUCAGGCAGCUGGAGGUCAGUGAGCCAGACUUCGUGGCAAAGUUUUACCAAGCAGUGGCUGCUACAGCUGGUAAAGACUGAUAGGCAUUAAAGUCAAAGAAGACAACCAUAGUUGAUGGAGCCGAAGCCACAACUCUACAGUGAGAACUUCAGAUGUGCCACUUAAAGGUCUGGGGAUGGUAUCCUGAUUCACUGACUGAGCUUGCUGACUAGUACGGGCCUGGUUAUUUCAAUGUUGACAGCACAUCCGCUGGACUAGUGUAAAUGUUUUCCAUUUAAGCAAAUCCAGAGUAGCAGUCUGCCUCUAGCUUACUUUUUUCCAGGAGAUGUCAAACCUUCAAGAAUUUAAUGGCUUCUUUUGCAACUAUAACCAAAAGGCACCUACACAUAACUCAAGCCUACUGCUGGCCCAUGGGGAUAUAGAGUAGAACCUUCCUACUCCAGAAGCAGGAGAGAAGAGCAAUAAAAGGUCACGUUUUUAUAUUUAGCUGGAUUCAGAUGUCUGGUUUCACCUCCCUUAGCCGAUUCAGGCAUAAUUAUGUGACAUCCUAACCACUAGCUUUUCCUGUGACGAUUUAGAAAAAAUUAUGGAAAAAUCAGAAGAGGGAGAUAAUUAUUCCUUCCUCCACACUGAUGUGUGUUUGAAUCCAAAUAGUAAUGACUUUUUCCAAAAGCAUAUGUGAUAUCCUUGGAGCUGUUAGAAGAUAUUCUGUAAGUUUGCUCUAUAACAAUAUGAAAAAAAAGUGACAUUCUUUAGAGGUUGAAGGGUUUAUUUUUUUGUAUCAAAAUAAAGAAUGAAUCUUUGGAAU